AUGUCGCUUGCGAGGUGUACCAGCAUGUUGCGAGGGCGACUCAUCCCGUCCACUGCCGCUUCGACAAAGGCCGGGGGCGCGCGCGCUGAGAUGCAGAGAUCCCCCUGCGGCCCUUCCGCCUCACUCAAGCGAUCAAGCAAAGGCAGUCAAGCCAGUAUGAAUCCCAGCAGGCCUGCUUUCCAGCCGGCGUCGACCACUCAAGCACCAGCGUCCAGCUAG